AUGACAACCGUCUUGGUUUGCAAAGUGUGCGGCGAUAGAAGCUCUGGGAGACAUUAUGGGAGCAUCUGUUGCGAUGGAUGCUCGUGCUUCUUCAAGCGGAGUAUCCGCAAAAGAGCACAGUAUACUUGCAUCUCCGGCCAGGGAGGAUGCUCAGUGGAUAAAGCUCGCCGGAACUGGUGCCCAUUUUGCAGACUUCAAAAGUGUUUUAUAGUGGGAAUGAAUGCCGCUGCCGUACAAGAAGAACGUGGUCCACGGAACACAGAUAAUCUGCCGUCACAAAUCCUUGCUCAAGUGCUGGUAGCCUGCAUCCGGCAGGCUCGGGUAAACGAAAGCUUCGCAUCAUUCAGUCGUGAGCAGCAGGACCAAAUUCUACGGCACGUUUGGUUUGAAUGCUUCAUUCUGCGUGUCGCCAAUUGGUCAAUCGAUAUUUCAUCCAUAGUUGAGAGAUGCGCUGGCGAAUACCUACGAACAGUAGUCCAACGAACAAAAGAGUUACAAGUGGAUCUGAUUGAAAUUUCAUUGCUCGAAACGAUCAUUCUCUGCCGGAAAGAAUUUGCUCUCAGCGCUAAGGAAGCGCAACGAUUGGAAAGUACAUCCGAAGCAGCAGUAAUCGCCCUAGGUCAUUACAACUUGCAGAAAAUGGAUAGUGGCGGUAUUUCAUCUACCCAUCCAACCAUGUCGCAAGGUAUGUCUGACCGACAAACCCUCAAUCACCGGUCAUCUGCCUUUGUUUCCCCAACACAUAACGGAUCAAACGAUACACUGCCACCGUAUUUGCCCUUUUCAUACUAUCGCUUCGGGAAACUGUUAUUGGAAUUAAGAAGUUUAUCGAUGCAGUGCUACGAACAAUCGGUACGCGCCAUGCUCCGUGAAGUUGCCGGCGAUGGAUUAAUGGAGCAUUUUGUCAUGAAAUUGUAG